GGAAUGCUGGUGGCAUUGCAGAACAAGCCAUAAGUUCAAUCAGAACCGUGAUUUCUUUCGUAGCGGAAGAUACUUUAGCCGAAAAAUACUCCGAAAACCUCGAAAAAUCAGUGCCACUAGGCGCAAAACUCGGCUUUGCAAAGGGUGCAGGAAUAGGUAUUAUUUAUCUCGUCACUUACUCGACCUGGGCAUUGGCCUUUUGGUACGGAUCAAUCCUAGUUUCAAAAAACCAACUCUCCGGUGGUGAUGCCAUCGCUUGUUUCUUCGGUGUAAAUGUCGGCGGAAGGUAAAAGAAUUCCAUUUUUCUAUAUAUAAACAUUUUGUGAACAUUAAUGAAGGACUAAUUAAAUCAAGAAUGUGUGUGUGUGUUUUUUUUAUUACUACAAGGGGGUUGGCAUUGGCACUGUCAUAUUUUGCACAGUUCUCACAAGCAACUGUAGCGGCUAGCAGAGUGUUUGAAGUAAUCGACAGAAUCCCGGAAAUCGAUCCGUAUAGCCCCGAGGGAAGAAUACCAACGAGCAUGCGUGGGAAAAUCGAAUUUAAAAGUGUUUCUUUUGCUUAUCCGUCUCGCCCCACUAUGCAAAUUUUACGUUCUUUAAAUCUAGUGAUUCCACAUUCGAAGAGUCUAGCAUUAGUAGGUGUUAGUGGAGGUGGAAAAUCGACCAUUUUCGCUCUUAUCGAACGGUUUUACGAUCCAAUCCAAGGUAAUUAAGCUCAAAUCUUUGUUUUUUCAAGAACUCAGUAUUAUCCUUAAUGUACCGAACGAAAAAAAAAAAUUCAAUUUUUACAGGGUUUAUCACUGUGGAUGGAUAUGAUUUAAGGACACUACAAGUGAAAUGGCUAAGAAAUCAAAUAGGUAUGGUUGGUCAAGAACCGGUUCUUUUUGCAACGACCAUUCUCGAAAACGUGUUGAUUGGGAAAGAAAAUGCCACCAAGAAAGAAGCUAUCACAGCUUGCAUGGCAGCCAAUGCUCACAGCUUCAUCUCUAGCCUCCCACAAGGCUAUGAUACAGAGGUGGGCGACCGAGGAACGCAACUAUCGGGCGGCCAAAAGCAGCGAUUAGCACUCGCUCGAGCGAUGAUAAAAGAUCCUAAAAUCCUCCUAUUGGACGAAGCCACGAGCGCCUUAGAUGCCGAGUCGGAAAUCAUUGUUCAAAAGGCAAUCGAUAAAAUAUCGACAGGCAGAACCACAAUCAUCAUUGCUCACAGGCUAGCCACAGUAAGAAACGCUCACACCAUAGUUGUGCUCGAAGCUGGCUCGGUAAUCGAAACGGGGAACCACCAAAACCUCAUGGAAAAAACCGGCGCCUAUUUCGACCUCGUCAAAAUGGCUUCAGAAGGGAUGAUGACAUCAUCAUCACAGCCUCAAAAUCACGACCAGAAAAAGAAUUCCGACUUCUUCGAGGAAAAAUCUAUGCAAGAAUAUGAAACAUCAAGAAUCGGAAUAGAGGAGAGACGAGAAGAAGAGGAAAUUACGAAAGAACCGAAGACGAAAAGCUACAAACUUGGGGAUGUUUUGAACAUGCAGAAACCGGAGAUUACUACACUGAUAACGGGUCUUUUCAUGGGAAUGAUUGCAGGUGCAAUUCUAUCAAUCUUUCCCUUAGUAUUAGGACAAGCACUAAAAGUCUACUUCUUAAAGAACUUCCAUGAGAUGAAAAGGGAAGUAGGGAAUUUAUGUCUAAUCCUAGUAGGACUAGGGUUCGCGUGCAUAUUCUCCAUGACAGGUCAGCAAGGCUUCUGUGGAUACUCCGGAACAAAGCUCACCAAACGAGUCCGAGAUUCGCUCUUCAAAGCCAUAUUAAGACAAGAACCUGGCUGGUUCGAUUCAUCCGAGAAUUCGACAGGUGUACUCGUCUCGAAACUGUCAAUUGACUGUAUCAGCUUCCGGAAUGUUCUAGGUGACCGUUUCUCCGUUCUGCUAAUGGGUGCCAGCUCAGCAGCUGUCGGAUUGGGAAUCGCGUUUUACCUUCAAUGGAGGCUGACCCUUUUAGCUGCAGCGGUCACCCCGUUGACUCUCGGAGCAAGUUACUUGAACUUGAUUAUUAAUAUUGGUCCGAAAUUAGACAACGCAUCUUAUGCAAGAGCAAGCACUAUCGCUGCAAGUGCCGUUUCGAGUAUACGAACAGUUGCCACAUUCGGCACACAAGAGCAAAUAGUUCAAUCUUUUAAUCAAGCUCUAGACGAGCCCAAACGAGCUUCGGUCAAAAAAUCGCAAAUACUCGGAUUGGUUCUUGGUUUGUCACAAGGUGCAAUGUAUGGUGCCUACACACUAACACUAUAUUUCGGAGCUUAUCUUGUGAAAAAGGACUACACGAAUUUCGGAGUUGUGUACAAGAUUUUCUUGAUACUCGUCCUAAGCUCGUUUUCGGUGGGUCAAUUAGCCGGUUUAGCGCCGGACACUUCAUCGGCAGCAAGCGCAAUACCCUCAAUUUUCGACAUUCUCCACCGCCGCCCGUUGAUAGUCAACGGCAACCGGAAAAAAGUCAAUAAAAUCACGAAAGCCAACAUCGAGUUCAAGAGGGUGACAUUUGCUUACCCGUCGAGACCGGAGGUGGUGGUUCUGAACAAUUUCAGCCUAAAGAUUAAGAGCGGGACGACGGUGGCGCUGGUCGGAGGAAGCGGGUCGGGAAAAUCGACGGUGAUAUGGAUGGUGCAGAGGUUUUACGAUCCGGUGAACGGGAGGGUUUUGAUCGGUGGGGUUGAUUUGAGGGAUUUCGAUUUGAAGUGGCUGAGGAAAGAGAUUGCUUUGGUCGGACAAGAACCAUCGCUGUUUGCCGGGAGUAUAAGAGAGAAUAUUGCUUUCGGAGAUGGUAAUGCUUCUUGGUCGGAAAUUGAAGCUGCUGCUAAAGAAGCUUAUAUUCAUAAGUUCAUCAGUAGUCUUCCUCAGGGUUAUGAAACAGAGGUAGGGCAGAGUGGAGUGCAGUUAUCGGGAGGGCAGAAGCAGAGAAUCGCCAUAGCUCGAGCGAUACUGAAGAAAUCGAAGAUCCUCUUACUCGACGAAGCUAGCAGCGCGCUUGACCUAGAAUCAGAGAAGCACAUUCAAUCCGCGUUCAAGAGGGCAUCCAAACGCGCCACCACCAUCGUGGUGGCCCACCGCCUCUCCACCAUCAGAGAAUCCGACUUCAUCGCCGUCAUGAAAAACGGCGCCGUCGCGGAAUACGGCGACCACGACUCCCUACUGUCUGCCAAUUUAGACGGCAUUUACGCCAACUUGAUCCGAGCUGAAACAGAAGCAAUGGCGUUCGCUUGACCUAAUCUGUAUGUAUACUGUAUACAUAUGAUCAUAUGAAUUUUGAGUUUAUUGCAUUUAGUACCCUAUAUUAUAUCUGAUUUUCUAAAAAAACCCCACAUAUUAUUAUUAUUAGCAAAAAGGCCCCUAUAUGGUGAGCAUUUAGGGGAGAUUUUUUAAAUGAAUGCAAUAAAUCUUAUGAAUGUUACUGCAUUUUUGUAGAGAAGAGCUGCUAAAAAUUCUUACAUGCAUGGUUUUAUUUAUUUCCUCGAAAAACGGUCUUUUUGCAUUGUUCGAUCUUCAUCGGGA